AGCACCCGUUCUUCCCCACCAUGAGUUCGUUUCUACCGCAUGUAUGCAUGAUUUUGUAGAAAGUCAAUAAAAGACAAAGAUUUUCGGCGACCACAGGUCGGUGUAGCAUAGAGUUACAUUUCUCUCUAAAGAUUCUUUAUCUUGAUGCUAUGUGUGUCCUCCGAUGGCCUGGUGAUAGCAGUAGAGAAAAUUUCGCUCUUGGACGAGAAGCAGUAUGAGGUUUUCCCGGAACGCCGAUGGCUGUGUCGUGCGUUCUCGGUCUCACAUCUCCAGCCCUCGUGUAUAAACGUAUGUGAAUAUCAAAGCCCCGGCCCCCGAGUAAAGACAAACUUACGACUCAGUGCUGUUGUAGAUAGAAGAAGCCCAACGAUGAGUGGAGACGGUGCAAGCGCGACGACCACUAUCGUCGUGCCGUCUUCGGACGAGGUCGCACCUGAGGUAGAUACUUCUACCGGGGCGGCACUUGCCACAGCGGACGAAGACGCUGGUCCACCAAAGCUCCCGGUCGAGAAUGAGGACGAGACAACGGACGAGGAACUGCGUUCCUUAUCAAAUGUAAAAAUGUCUGGGUCUGGGAGGAUGGAACUUGUCAUGCUAAAUCUAAUUCAUGCAAGAAAUCUGUGUUGCGUGAUUACCAACAGCCGUCGUUUUUUACCGAGUUGAGAGGGAAUUUCUCAUGCAGGAUCAGCAUGCUAGAGAUCUCACAGAGUUUGUCAUGCUAGGCGCUGCAUUCCAGACCUCAUGAGUCAUAGAAAACCCGCAUGACAAACCUGGCAAUCUUCCAGACACAGACAUUUUUGCAUUUGAUACUCCUGGUACUUGUACGACAUUGCGAACUCGGUGUACUCGGCCCCGGCCAUGGCCAUGCUGAACAACUUGCAGCACAUCGGGCUGGCGACCUGGAACGGUUGCAAUAACGUGAAGGAGGAAACCAACGGCGCGGUCCAGUGCGACUCGAAGGGUGAGCUCCCCGACAACAGCGACCGCGAGCUAGAGACCGAUAUCGGGCUGCGGCCGAGCUCCGUCACCUUUUUGGUGAUCGCCCUGUCCGUGUUUUUCCAGGCGAUCGCCUACAUUUCCCUUUCCGCGUACGCGGACUACGGGAAAAACAAGAAGCUGCUCCUGCGCCGCACCUGCAUGGCGGGCUGCCUCUGCGGGUCCCUAUUUGCCUUCUGCGUGGACCCCGCUUUGUGGUGGGUGGUGUCCUUGCUGAUCGUGUUCACGGGCGUCUUCCACGGCCUCUCCAUCGUGUACUACAACGCUUACUUGCCUUUGAUGGUGCGGAACCAUCCCGAGUACAAGCUGGUGGCGCAACAAGAAGUUGAGAAGCAGCAGUCCACCGGCGUGAAGACGAGUCAGGAGCGCGAAGAGGACGACUCUACGCUGGCGAAGGACGAAAGCGGAACGAAGAACGUGGAAGCCACCAGUAGUUCCGUGCUCACGGAGGAGCGGUUGUCCUCGGAGUUUUCGAACCGUGGCUUUGCCUACGGCUACGUUUCCUCCGCCAUCGCCUGCGUUCUCGUUGCCGGCAUUCUCUUCGCCACCGGCCCCGAGAAGGACAGCAGCCGGGAUACCUACAAGGACCGCUUCGGCUUCGUCGUCCUCGGUGCGUGCAGCUUGCUGUGCGCGCUGUUCUGGCUCGGUGCCGGGCUGCGGUCCGCCGCCGGGCUGAAGGACCGAGAGGGGCCCGAGCUGCAAACGAGUGAGGAGUGGGCGGAAACCAUGGGUGGCGCGCACGUGCGCGUGACCGCGUGGACUGCGGUCAGGUUUUCGUGGAGGCGGACUUACCGUGCGCUUGUUUUGCUGUUCCGCCCGGAAAAUCGAAAUAUGUGCCGGUUCAUGAUGGCCUACUUUCUGUUCUCCGACGGGUACAGCACCAUUGCGAAUGCUGGAAUCAUCUACGCGCAAGUGGAUUUGAAGAUUGCGACGAUGUGGCUCGGCGUCAUCCUGGUGGAGGUGGUGUUUUUCAAUUUUGUCGGAGUCAAGUUCUUCCACUGGCUCUUCAGCGGGAACCCGGCAAAGGGGAAGCCCGCCGUCCGCGCCAAGGUCGCGAUGCAAAUCCUGCUCGUGUUGUACAUGAUAUCGAGCGUGAUUGCCUUUUUUACGCUGCACUUGGGGCUGCCUGCCCUGCUCUUCUUCGGCUUCGCGCACGGCAUGCUGUUGGGAACCUGCCAAAGCUACUCUCGCGUGCUGUUCUCCAGUCUGGUGCCGAAGGGACUGGAGGCGCAGAUGUUUGCGCUGUACGAAAUCUCCGACAAGGGAAGCAGUUGGAUCGGCCCGACAGUGCUGGCGAUUAUUGCACAGUUCACCUCCGUGCGCUACGGCUUUUUCUGGGUCUUUCUAGCCUUCUUCAUUGGCUUUCUGCUACUGCACCCGCUCAACCUCGACGAAACCAGUCAGCAGCGAAACCAAAACUUCGAACUCGACGCCGGAGCGCACGAGUGGGAAAAGCGCACUUCCACCCGCAGUUCUUCCCGGGUGGGAAAUGCUAAACUUCGGUCGGAGGCCAGCACCCAAUCCGGCAUUGACUACACUCCUCAGAAAGACAAAGAACCCGCCUGAUAUUAACCAGGCAACUAGUGUCCUGAUAUGAACCCCGCAGGUUUACACUGACUCCCAUGCUGCACUUCAUUUUCGCAUCCAUCUCCUGUCCUGCGAGACCGGGCCGCACAACUGAAUCUUUGUUUCGAUUCGAUUAUUGCAUUGAAGAUGCCCCUGUAGUGUACUCGUUUCCGCAACCGCUACCACUGCGCUGGUAGACGUGAGCGCUGCAUUUGCAAGAUACGACGGCAUACUACAGUUUCUUGUUACGACCUCUUCGUUUCGCCCGUUGCAGAUUUAGUCCGUUGUACUUAGAUACGAAUGAAUGGAUUGUAGAUGUUGGACACAAAGAAG